AUGGCAGGGGAGCGGGCACAGCUCGAGGUGGACCGCGCCGUCCUCGUCUGCAUUGCCUCGGCCCGCGCCUCCCAUGGGAGGGAGAGGUGCGCAGUGGCCGAGGAGCGAGAGGCCCUGGAGGAGGAGUGCGAGGAGGUCGUUGCCGCGCAGGAGGAAUUCACCCGCUUGGGGGAAAUAUCGCGGCGGCAGGCCGCGGAGCUGCUCGCCAAGGAGCGGCUGGUGCGUGCUCGGGAGGAGGCCAUCCUGCCGCGCGAGGAGGCUGUGGAGGCCUCUCGGGCAGACUUAGCCCGCUGGAACGACGAACUCGAGAGGAUUCACGCCGAAGUCCACCGUCGGGAGGAGGAGGUCGCGAUCCGCGAGACUGACGUCAAAAUCACGGCGACGGCUUUGGAUGCCCGGGAGGAGCAAUUAACUCGCCGUGAAGCAGAGGCUGCCUCGGCGUCGGUGGCCCUAACUGCUCGAGAGGAGCAGGCCGCCAAGUGGGAGGCCGAGCUGACCGCUCGGGAGCAAGCCCUUGCUGCCCUCACCGAGCAGGUGAAGCAGGGGCAAGCCGAAGCCCCGGCGACCAGCAUCAUUCCGACCAGCGCGACUGAGGAGAUAACCCUUGAGGAGCAGCUGCAGAUCGCGAUGGAUGAGCUCGAGACCGUUACCGCCGAGUGGGCCAAUGUCAAGCUGAUGAUGCGAGACAUCAUUCGGCAAGCAUGGAGUUGGUAG